UUUAAUUAAAUAUAUAGCCCGAAAUCCUUGGUUGAUAAGCCAGUAGCCAGUCUCUUCUCGAAUCUUUAUCUGCUCGGUUACAGUUAAGUGAACUCGGACUCUUCAACAGUUUGUUUUGUUUUUUAUUACGAAUAAGAUAUUGUGACUCAAGGUUUCAUUAUGAUCUACUUCAUACUCGCUUCUGUCCUUAUUGCUUCUGCCACCGCACAAGGUAGACCAUCUUUCGCAGGCAGCAGUUCGAAAGGCGUCCCUGAUGUAGCGUCACGAUUUAAAACUGAAGGCACCGUAUCUAACCAAGCUCCGCAGGACUUCGCUAGCAGGCUAGGGGUACCUGAUAGAACCCCAGAAAGAAUUCCUGUUGACCCAAAUGUUGAUCUUAAAAACCGAGUUAAUACAUGGCCGGACGAAAACAAACCAUUUUGGCAUGUCAACGCUGAAGCCAUUCAAAAACAUAUCGGAGCUUCUCCAAACCGUGAAACCAACUUUAACGGAAAUCGACCUGUUUCUACUAGUGGAAACCAAGAACCUGUUUUUAACACCGGAAACCAAAGACCUGUUUCUAAUACCGGAAACCAAGGAUUUGAAAACAGAUUCGGAGCCGGUGGUAGUCAAUCAGGACCACAAGUCUCUGGAAACUCUUUCAGCAUUUUCAUGAAUAACCAAUGGAAAACAUACGUUUAUGACCCAAACACAGAUGCUUGGUAUGCUAAAAGAAAUUGAUUUCUUAUAAGUUAUAUACCUAUUUGUGAUAAAAUUUCGAGGUAUAAUUUAUAAGACUUAUCUAGUUUUAGGCCAUGUUUGUUAAAAAAGUUAGUUGAAAUUCCAUUGUAAAAAUCACAAACACAAAAACAGAAAUAUACAAGCAAUAGCUAAAAAUUCUUUGUAGUUUCCAGCUAAUAACUCAAUAAACAUAUUGAAUUAGGAAUUAAGGUACGAUUCCGACAUCGACGGCAGACGGCAACUGCAGGCGGUAGUUAGAGUUAUCGCCAUGACGACGUGAUUAUUUUGCACUAUUAGUUUGUAUAUUUAUUAGCAACUAACGUUAUGCUGGACAGCAGUUGCUAAUAAAUUGUAAGUCCCACGAAAGGGCGCCAUUUUAAUGUGGCACUAAGUAUGCCCCAAACACGGUGGGCGACAUUUUAAUGUGGCACGCCUAUGGAUAACAAAGGCAAAAAAUAUGUAACAUGACAAAUUUAACAAAAUAUAAAAAUAUACUUGGUGCUACUUAACUUUUGAUAUACCUCGGAAGCUCUAAGUCUUCAGAGACCUAGGGGUGUGGAUUCUUAAUAGAUGUUAAAUAAAAUUGAAACUCAAAUGCUCGGGGGACGCCAUAAUUAAAAAAAAGGAAAUAUCAUAUAUGUUUACUUAUAAAAAAAAAAUGUAAAACUAAUAAUGGCGGUUAUUUGAAAUAUCUGUACUUACCGUAGGCUACUUUCAUGUGUGAUUACUUUACAAGGAUAAUAGAGAUUGGUAAAGAAAAUCUCUAAGGUCCAGAAAAACAAUAAAGCUCCGGGAGUUGAUGAAAUACCAGCAGAACUAUAUAAGGUAGGUGGCGACCACCUGGCAAGUCACAUCCACGCGCUCAUCAGAGACGUAUGGCAAGAAGAGAAAAUACCCGACCACUGGAAGAAAAGUAUGGUAUGCCCGAUCUAUAAAAAAGGAGCCAAACUCCAGUGCAAAAACUACCGUGGAAUCUCUCUACUCUGUACAGCAUAUAAAGUCCUCACGUAUAUUAUAAACCAGCGGCUCCAACCACUAGCAGAAAAUAUUAUUGGAGAGUAUCAGACGGGCUUCCGACGGGGAAGAUCGACACUGGAUCAAAUAUUCACAGUAAAACAGAUCUUGAGCAAAGCAUGGGAACACGAUGUUGAUGUUCACAACGUGUUUGUAGACUUCAAACAGGCAUACGACUCAGUCAAAAGGAACAAACUAUACUAUAUAUUGGCUGAAUUGGCAAUACAACACAAGUUAAUAAGACUCAUUAAAGCCACAAUGGAUGAAACUCAGGCAUGUGUACGAAUACAAAACCACCGGACAGACCUUUUUAACAUUUCGCAGGGACUAAAACAGGGAGAUGGGCUGGCCCCAACACUGUUUAACCUGGCACUGGAGUAUGCGGUUAGGCAAAUGCAAACUGGACGAGGAAAUCUACUGACCAACCGAACGGUUCAACUGGCCGCUUAUGCUGAUGAUAUUAAUAUUAUCAGUAGAACAUCAACAGGAGCACAGGAAACAUAUGCAGAGUUAAAAACACAAACAAAAAUGGAAAUUAACACAGAAAAAACAAAAAUAAUGACUCAGACGAGAAGAAAUAUAGUCCCAGAAAACAUUAUACAUGAAGAUGACAUUGAAACGGUUGAAAAGUUUACAUAUCUGGGAGUAGAAAUAUAUGCCGACGGAUCAGAAGAUGGAGAAAUACGGAAGAGAAUAACGCAGGCAAACAGAGCUUAUUUUGCCCUCUCCCAUAUAUUUCGGUCUAAAAGUGUCCACCGAAAUACAAAGAUGAGAAUCUAUAAAACCUUAUUUCGACCAAUAACAUGCUAUGGCAGUGAAGCCUGGGUGCUGAAAGAAACAUCCAAAAACAAACUCGACACAUUCGAAAGGAAAGUACUUAGGAGAAUACUAGGACCUGUGAGGGAAAACGGAAUCUUCAGAAGUCGAUACAACAACGAGCUUUAUAAACUUUAUAAGGAAACGCCCCUGUCAGAUUUCAUUAGAUUACAAAGAUUGCAAUGGGCCGGACAUGUGAUAAAAAUGGGAGAGGAUAGGCUACCAAAACGAGCACUGAAUGCUAGAAUGCAAGGAAAGAGACCGGUUGGGAAGCCAUGAAAGCGCUGGGAAGACACAGUAAACAGCGACGCACAAGCCCUUUUAGGAGUCCGUAUAUGGAGAAGAGCAGCCACAGACAGGCAAGGGUGGAGGCAAAAAAUAAAGGAGGCCAAGGCUCAAUUUGGGCUGUAGUGCCGUAGAAGAAAAAGAAAGAAAAUCUAGUAAUUAAACAUAAUUCUUACUUUAUUGAAACAAAUAAAAAUUCAGCAAGGUUGUUAUCAAAAAAAAAUAAAGUUUCAUCAAUUCGCCAGAAAACGUAAGAGUUCAACAAUAAAAAAUAGCGCAAGUACCUUUACGACCCAUUUUUUUGUCACGCACAUAAUGACACUCAAUUUUACAGAAAAGUACAGGUAUUAAUUAUAUUAGAGAUGAAAUUCCAUUGUUCGUUUAUUGUAUGUAACACUUACACAUAUAUCAUUUAUUAUUAUUUUUGUUAUUAAUUAAACUUAAUUGAAUGAAACGAAGGACUUUUCGACAAAAGAAAACUAAUAGAUGUGUUCAAUCCAUCACUAGGAACACAAAAUACGGUCGAGAAUUUAUAUUCUCUACGACCACAGCAGCCACUUGAGCCUACUUCGGCUCUGAAAAACUCAAAGGAACUGUACUAAAUACAAACAACUAAUUUUCUCCAUUGAACUAUUUUCAACAAUUUUCUCCGUCAGCAAGGCAAGGCCUGCUGACGGAAAGACACAAACUUCUUAUUCUAGCUCUCUAGAACUGAUCGCUCUUCUCGAAUACUUAGAACUCAUCUCGAUUAUACUUCCAACUCCUCUAACACCCAAAACUCACUCCAUCUCCCCAUUUUUCUAUCCUACUCCCGGUUUUACCAAUCAAAAAAAUUCGCCAAUUUUCACUCUUAUCUCAAAACGAAAAGAAAAGGUUUAAGCAAACUUCAAUCACGCCUUCAAAGGUAAUAACUCAUUCUUCCGCAAAUAUGAUUCAAUCUACGAAAUUCUAAUGAUUUGUGUUUCAGCUCAAAUUCUCCCAGGCUUUUUUUGCAACGUACGCCAUAUUACACGUGUGAACUCGUUAUAUUGUAUAAACACACUCAGAGCCUCUCAUCUGCAACGGUAUGCACUAUGUAAACAAAUCAGUCCAAAGCAUCAUAUUUUCGACGCCAAAAAUACAUUAGCAAAAAGAUUUACGAGUCUCAAUUCUUUGACAGCAAAAUUCAACUUUUGACAAAAACAGAGAUACGAAUACGCAUGAGAAUCAAGAAUUAAUUACGUAAUACUACAAAUUCAUGAGAAAUGAAAAAUAAUCACACAUUUCCACGCAACAAACACAAUUUCUGAAACGGAUUUACCAUAUAGGGUGAAGCAACAGUAUCAGGAAUUCGAAAACGUUAAUGCCCUUUGCACACGUUACAAAAUAUACAAAUUAAUAGUGCAAAAGUAAUGACGUCGUUAUAGUGACAACUCUAACUGCCGCCUGCAGUUGCCGUCUGCCGCCUUCCGUCGAUGUCGGAAUCGUGCCUUUACAAAUAAUAACUUAGAACCUAUACAGCAGCAAAUAUAAAGAAAAAAAUUAUAAACAGAAAAGUGUGCUGACUCUUCUGACCAAAACUCAACUGAAAAUAAAUAACAAAAAAUAAAAAAUAUGGUUAGUCAUAUUUUACACAUAUUUAAUGUGUAAAAUCGCAUCCUAAAAUUGUUUAAAAAUGACAUAAAAUUUGUCAAAAUGAGAAUUGUAGAUCUAGGGCAUCAUGAAACAUGAAAACAAAUCAAAUGUUUCAUAUAUUAAUAUCAGUGAAAAAAUUAUAUUCUACAUAAAUAUUAUUAAAAGAAAAAAUAUUAUUACUAUUUUUGGAUAUGAAAUAAAACUAAAUUUUCAAUGAUUUCAUGAAUUAUUUUUGUGAUUAUAACCUUUUUAUUCCUAGUUUCAGGUAUAUUAGGACUAUUUAUAUAAUUAUGCUAAAGAUAUAAAGAGACAAAUAUUUAAUUUACUAUUAUAUUGGAGUCAUAUUUUUGCUUUGUAAUUCUGGAAAAUUAUUUUACCCAGUUCCAUUUCCAGUUUUUUAUUUUAUAACUUUGUCUAUUAUACCUACACCAGUAAUUUUUAUUGUUUAAAUAUGUUUAAUAAAAAAAUAUGAUAAUGGUUAUAAAAACUAGAUUUAAUUAGAAAUUUUAAAUUUUUGUGACCUUGGAGACUUUUACUGUUUCCGACAAAAAUGGUUAUAUCGUUUUAUUUUGAUGUAUGUAUCUUAAUAUUUUUGUACUUAUAAUAUUUUUAUUAUUAAAAAUAAUUAAGGGAAAAGGCACAAAAUGUCGCCUGUCAAAAUUUUUAAUAUAUUUUAAAUGUAUUCAUUUUUUUAGAAAACUAUUAAGUAUUUUUGAAAAAUUUAAACGCAUAAUGAAAUAUUACUUUAUUACCGAGGGCCAAAAAUCCCUGAAAACUUCUAUAAUGUUUAUUUUAAUAAGUUAAUGGGGUGAAAAUAAUAGAGUAAAUUUAGUGUGAUUUUUAAAUGCAAAUAUUUCAUUCAAAAUAAACAGGAUUCGAAAAAAAAUACAUUUAAAAUACAUUGAAAAUUUUGACAGGCGACAUUUUCCGCCUUUCCUCUUAAUAUAAUUAUUUUUUUGCAUUUUUGUAAAUAAAAUAUGUAUAUGUCAAAUUAU